AUGGAGAUUAGUGGAAGUAGAGGUGCACAUGAAUUUUCAGAGGAGGUCGUCUGGUUCAUUUUGUGGUUUAAGGUGUUGAAUGGCCUGUUUUUCUGCUUUGUUCCUAUAUGUUUUUCUCGGUUGGGAUCCUUUUUGUUGGAUCUAUUAAUUUUGGGCAUUGAUUUAUCUUCUGACAUUUGGGUCGAUCUUCGCGAACGUUUUUCGCAAGGUGAUCUUUGUCGAAUCUCUGAUCUACAAAAAGAGAUCUAUGCUUUUAAGCAAGAUGAUAAAACUGUCACUGAUUAUUUUACUGAGCUUAAAAUACUUUGGGAUGAACUUUUGCAAUUUCGUCCGCUGCCUUCUUGUUCCUGUCCAACACCCUGUUCAUGUGGAGCUGUUGCUACUGCUCGUAGCUAUCAUAAUCAAGAUUAUGUGAUUAGAUUUUUGAAGGGAUUAAAUGAUUCUUUUUCAGCUGUAAGAUCUCAAAUACUUCUUAUGGAUCCUUUGCCUUCUAUUAAUAAGGCAUUUUCAAAAGUGAUUCAACAAGAACGUCAGUUUACUAUUGCUUCACCUAAAUCCUUUGUUAGCAAUACUGUUCGAUCUGCUUCAGAUUCAUUCCGGAAAUCUUCAACUUCUAGUUCAUCUUCUUCUACCAUUGACAAACGAUGGUGUACAUUUUGUCAAAGGCCUCGACAUACUAUUGACACGUGUUAUCGGAAGAAUGGCUAUCCUAAUGGUGCUAAGCCUCGUGCUCCUAUUUCUCGGGCACACAACAUUAUUUCUGAUGAUCUCGAUGAUUCAAUGGAGGAUUCCAAAUCUGUUGUUCCAGGUGAUUUCUCUCAUGGUUCGAGUUCUGGUGUUAAUCUCACUCAAGAGCAAUAUGAUCAGCUACUUGUCUUGCUUCAGUCUUCAUCCAUGGCCACCAAACCUACUACACCCUCACCAUCCCAUGUCACCAACCAUGUCAUGAAAGAUCCUACAUCUGCUUACUCAUUAGCUACUACAGAUGGUAAUACUUUCUCUCAUUCUUCAUGCAUUAAAUUCUCAUAUUGGAUCGUGGAUACUGGUGCCACGGAUCAUAUUACUCAUUCUUUAUCCUCAUUCACUUUUUAUAAACGUAUUAAACCUAUCUUUGUUACAUUACCAAAUGGAUCCAAGGUUGCUGCCCAUUUUUCUGGUACUGUCAUCUUUAAUGACCACCUUUGCUUGACAGAUGGUUUACCAUCUUGGAGGAUGAUUGGUACAGCUAAGGCACAACAUGGCCUCUAUACAAUGGAUAAUCCUGUUCAGCAUUUUAUUUUUCCCCAACAUCCUGUCACAGCAGUUUCUACAUCUUCACCAGACCUUUGGCAUCAUCAUUUGGGUCACAUCUCUGACUCUCGUCUUAAAUUGCUUACUGAUUCUAUCCCAUCUCUUACCUUAUUUGAUAACUCAGCAUGUAAAACUUGCCAUUUUGCCAAACACAAAAAGUUAUCAUUUCCUGUAAGCCAAACUCGAUCCAAUAAUAUUUUUGAUUUAAUUCAUGUUGACAUUUGGGGUCCUAAUUCAAUUGUUUCACUUCAUGGCCAUAGAUACUUUCUUACAAUUGUGGAUGAUUUCACACGAUACACUUGGAUCAUUUUGCUUAAAACAAAGUCUGAAGUUCGAGGUCAUAUUCAAAAUUUCUUUGCCUUGGCCAACACGCAAUAUUCUAAAACCAUCAAAAUUCUUCGAUCUGAUAAUGGCAAAGAAUUUGAUAUGCCUUCUUUUUAUGCUUCUUAA